AUGAAACCGACAACGUCCCGGAAAUCUGGACUGCCACCUUUGCCGGGGCCAAGAAGACGUCAACUUUUCAGCGUCUGCCCAGCCACUACUACCCGUCAUGCUUCGACGAUCAGACGGUUAAAUGUCAAUCAACGUCCGUCGAGAGCGCCGGUCGGAGAUUUCCCCUUUCUCUCCUCCUCUAACCAGGUAAAGAUGCCUUCAACCUGACGGCCUUUUGCACCUUGGCACCGGCCAUUGCACUUCGCUCCUUUCUUUUUCAUUUGCUUCGUUGGAGUUCGCCACGAUGCUGGUCAUCCGCGUCCUCUGGCUGCAGGCCGCGCUGGCGACGGCCCAGCUUCUUGAUUUGAAUGGGACCUUGGGAGGAGGAAACGGGUCAAGUACCCCGACGGUUGAGGAUGAAGUGGCCCCGGGGGCGGACGGUCCGGGCGAUUCUUUGGAUGGACUGGCCGGCGACGCAGGGGCUGGAUCCGGCGGAAUCCUCGACCCGGUCCUCGAUGCCGUCAUCGGACCGACGAAAAGGUUGGGCAACAACGAGGGGCCGGCGGCUACCUCUGUUCAAGCCCAGAACCCGCCUGUCACCACCAUCGCCGAGCCCGCUUCCGAGCCCGAACCGACAGUGGUCGAGCCCGCGACGGAGACACCGGCGCCGGCGCCGACUCUUGAGCUAGCUCCGGCACCAGUUCCAGAGCCUACAUCAGAGCUGCGCCCUGUGCCCUCGACCGUAAUUGAGCAGGUCCCAUCGGUCCAGACAACGAAGCCGCCUGCAGAGCAGCAACAACAACAGCCUGCCCUUGCCCCGAUUCCAGUGCCAGAGACAUCAACCACGCCAGAACCAGCGCUUGUACGAGCGUCUUCUGCCGCAGCAGCACCAGCGUCCUCGCCAGCCGACUCAACUGUCAUCCAGAUACCGUCCCCAUCUGCUUCUCCGGCCCAGGGAACGUCAUUCCGGGAGAUUAUAGCGCCUGUGCCAGUCUCAACAACAGCCAGACCUUCCCCGCCCACAGAGGAACAGGCUUCCCCCUCCGGCGAACCCAUUCUCAUGCUAAUAACCGCCUCCGGUUCAACCUUCAUGUCUGUUUUCGUGCCUCCCUCACCCACAGGGGCAGUAGCAGCCAUCGACGGGGCCAACGACCUCAGCUCCGGCCCCAAUAACGGCGACACAGACCCCUUUCAAACAUCCCCCGAAUCAGACCCCGAUGAAAAUGGAAACAACACCAACGCCGGCCUCGGCGGUGGUACCGCCUCCAACACAACCCGAGCCGGAACUGACAGCAGGGACACCAACGACAGGGCCCCCUCCGACAUUCCGCUUCCCACCAGAAUAGGCAUCGGCAUCGGCGUCGGCGCGGGUAGCAUCCUCACCGUGGUGAUCAUCACCGUCGUCUUCUGGAAGCGGCGCAUGUCUCGCCACGGUCCGCCGUCAGACAGCGAGCGCGGUAUGUCCCCGACGCCGCAGGACAAGGCCAAGAUGGACGUUGAGAGCGAGCACGACCUGGCGUUUGACUUCGGCGGCUUCUUCCGCGACCGGGUCCGGCGCAAUCCCAGCCACGGGAGUCAGGGAAGUUUGGGGUCUGUGAAUACUGUUCAUAACAGCAUGCAGGGGCAGGCUUAUGGUGGCGAUGUGAAGGUACCGGAUAUGGGGAUGUCGAGGGCGUAUGUGCAGGUGCAGCAGCAGCCGCAGGCGGUCUUGGAGCUGGAUGGAGGUGCGAUGCCUUUGUAUCGCGGUGUUGUUGGUGUCGGACGUUGAGGGAGAUGUUAACAGGUGAAGAGGCUGCUAGUGGCUGUUGGAUACGGAGGGUUGGUAUGAGCGAAGCCUCAAGUCAUGACAUUCCAGCCUGUGCAACACCAGGCCCCAUGUAAUUAGCUGAGGGCUCGGGUAAUAAGGUGACUGGCCAAGGCGUAAGGUUAACAUCUCUCAUGGGAUCCGUGGGUAUUUCUCAGUAUAUGUG